GGGAUCUAUAAUAAGGCCAGAGGUUACGCUCAACUCCAGUUAGUCCUUCUAAUCUGCUUGUCUCAAACCAUAGCUUCUGAGGAGUACACUGCGCUGUUUCUCAACAAACGGCCAUGGCUCUUGGAUGCCUUUUAUUGGUUUCAUGGAUUUGUUUUUUGCUGUUUGACAGCAGUGCUGGAUCACCAGCUAUAAAAGGGUUUGGAUAUCCAUACAUGACAGAUUCACGUAACUUAGAUGAUGAUGAUGGACAAGAUGUGUUGACCUCUCCAACCUCUGAUGAGAAUAACUGGCAGGCUUCAAAUAGCCAUCUCACUGACCCUGUAUACACAGGCUACAAGAAGCCUUCAGUUGCACAGCAUCCAGUUUUGGUCCCAACUCAUCAAAAGCUGCCUAACACACCUAGAGUUCCUGAAGUAGAGAGACUUGUUAAUGGUGACCCAAGAGACUGGGGCCUGGAAAAUGCUGACAAACCACUUAUCUUUCCUUUAAAACCUAACUACCAGCUAAGUGAUCCAGCAAAGCCACAGCCAUGGCCUAUGCAACCUCGGUCAGCACCACAUAAUGUUGUUUCUUCAGACAGUAUAGAUGCCUCUCCAAGCACUGGUGGUGCUGCUGAUUAUGCUAGUACAACUGUUGACUUUGAGCUUGACCCAUCUGACACCUCUCACUCUGCAAAGUCUCCUAGUUUUGACUCUUGGCAGCCUGAACCCGUUAGCAGUGGAUAUGGUGUGGCUGACUCAGGACUUGGUUCCCCAAAACAGGACUUUAACACUGGCUCCAAUGCAAAUGGAGAUGACUCGAGUAACAUCCCCCGUCUUGUCUUUGAGGAAGUCUUUCAAUAUCCCUCUGAAAAUACAGAGCCAUCUCCAAGUUAUGAUCCUUCAUUCCCAAGUUCCCCGACUAAUGUAGAAUCUCAACCUGUCUAUGCAUCAGCGAAGGGACGCUCAUUCUCUGGAGGAGAGAACCUUGACUUUGGUCAAACAAGUUACCAGCCACGUAAGAAGACCCCCUCUUGGGUUGCACAAAAACCAGUUGCCGACACCCAAGCAGUGGUCUCCCAGAGAGUGAGUGAACCGAUCCCUCCUCCUCCUCCACCCUCAAGCUACAUUAUCCAGUCCAGAAAUGGGUACCAGAGGGGCAGGUAUCUCCUCGCCAAAUCCAGCUACUUGCCAGAGUUUCCUCCUCCAAUGCCUGUGAGCUCAACGGGUAUCAAAAGGCCUGCAACAAGUCAACCAGCUUCCCCAAAGGGUGUGAAGGACCCGCAAAGAACCAAAUGGUAACCAGCAAAAAUUAUCCAAGUAACAGGUAAAUGUUUCAAUUAAUCUUAAUGUUUCAAAGUAACUGUCCUAUGAUUAACCUCUACUUUCUUACUUGCAGAACGAUGUGCUCUCUGGAG